AUGUCGGGAAACGAGAUCAAGAGUGUAGGACAAAUGAAUGUAAGAGUGUCGUUGAGUGCUACUGGUCCAAGUCAUAUGUUGUCGUUGAUUGUAUCUAGAACGAAAAAUAGUUCCUUCCCGCUCAUGGGUCGGAAUUGGCUUGAUGUAAUAUUACCGUCAUGGCGAAGUGCCUUUAGUCCUUAUUCAAGGAACUUUGACACCAGUAUAUGUUCUAUUACGGGGAACGAUAUUGUCUCAGAUUUAAAAAAGCAAUUUCCCAAAGUCUUUUCCGAAAACAAAGUCAAUGGCAUAACUGGUAUCAAGGCUCGUUUAGUUCUAAAAGAUGAUGCGAGUAUGGUUUAUCACAAAGCAUAUACAGUGCCAUACAAAAUGAAAGAGUUGAUAGAAAGUAAGUUAAAGACCAUGAUUAAAGAUGGUAUUCUAAUUCCGGUAACACACGCAGAUAUUGCUAGUCCCAUAGUGUGUGUUCCAAAACAAAAUGGUGGUAUUCGAAUAUGUGUAGAUUUUAAGAAAACCCUUAACCCUGUCCUGAGAACCGAUUACUACCCUCUCCCUACCUUGGAUGAAAUCUGUCAUAAUAUCAAGAAUGGUAAAGUUUUCACAAUUCUAGAUCUGUCGGAGGCGUAUUUGCAAUUACCUGUCGAAGAGCAAAGUCAAGAGCUCUUAACUAUCAACACCCAUAUGGGCUUAAUGAGAUUCACUAGACUUCCAUAUGGCGUCUCAAGUGCUCCUGCAAUUUUUCAGUCUACCAUGGAAAGGGUCCUAGAAGGUCUUAAGGUAGGAAUUUAUAUUGAUGAUGUAAUUAUAAGUGGACGUAACUUUACCGAGUGUUACACAAAAGUCAAAGAAGUAUUAUCUCGUUUCGAAAAGCAUAAUAUUAGAAUAAAUAAGGACAAAAGUAUAUUUUUUAAACCAGAAGUGGAAUUCUUGGGAUAUAAAUUAGUUGAAGGAGGCCUUCAGCCACUACAAUCUAAAGUGACAGAAAUUAAAAACGCACCUGUUCCAAGAGAUGUUACGCAAUUAAGGUCAUAUGUGGGAUUAUUAAAUUUUUAUAGUAAAUUUAUCCCAAUGCUUUCAACUAUUCUACAUCCACUUUAUGGAUUGUUAAGAAAAGACGUGGUGUUCUGUUGGAAUGAUGAAUGUCAAACAGCUUUUGAUAAAUCAAAAGAAUUGUUGGGGCAUUGUUUUACCUUAACUCAUUACAACCCGGAUAACGAAAUCAUCAUUACCACAGAUGCAUCCGCAUAUGGAUUAGGUGCCGUUCUAAGUCAAAAGGUAAAUAAUGAAGUAAAACCUGUUAUGUACGCAUCCUGUACAUUAAGCGCAGCAGAGAAGAAUUAUUCUCAAGUGGAGAAGGAGGCACUGGAUCAUGAACCUCUAAAAACAAUUUUUGGCAGCAAGAAAAGUAUACCAACUCUGUCACAUUCACGAUUACAAAGAUGGGCUAUCAUAUUGUCGGGAUAUGAAUACAACAUCAUUUAUAAAAAGGGAUCAGAAGUGGCAAAUGCAGAUGGAUUUAGUAGACUACCAUUAAAACUAAAUUCGGGAGUCCAAGAAGUUUUAUCAUUCACAAACAUGGAGGAGCUACCCGUUACAGCUGAAGUAGUAAGGUCCGAAACUGGAAAAGACUUAAACCUGAUAAAAGUUCGGCAGUACGUCAAGGAAGGAUGGCCACAACAAUGUCCAAAUGAAACAUUAAAACCAUAUUUUAGUAGAAGAAUGGAAAUCACCAUUGACAACGAUUGUCUCAGUUGGGGAUGUAGGGUGAUUAUUCCAAAAACCUUACGUGAACAUGUGUUGGAGUUAUUACACGAUCAACAUCCAGGAAUCGUGCGAAUGAAGCUACGAGCAAGAAGCGAUAUCUGGUGGCCUGGAAUAACACAGGAUAUUGAAGAGAAAAUCAGAAACUGCGAAGAAUGUCAAAUAUAUGCCAAUAAUCGACAAGAAGGAAAAAUGUUGCAGUGGCCGUUAGCGACGAACAACUGGCAGAGAGUUCAUGCAGAUUUUUUCAAAUUUGAAGGCAUCGAAUUCCUGAUAAUUAUCGACAGCAAAACAAGAUGGUUAGAGGUAUUUAUGAUGCCACAGGGAACUAAUGCAGCGAAAACAAUUUCUAAAUUUAGAACUAUCAAAUGGGAUCCAACUAAAACACAGCCGCCAUAUCAUCCACCAAGCAAUGGGGCGGUUGAGAAACAAGUCCAUACCACUAAAAGGAACCUCCAAAAGCAAUUAUUCCAAAGUUCAAAAUGCACAGAAACCAUAACGCUCCAACAUAAAUUGGAUAAUUUUUUAUUUAAUCAUCGGAAUACUCCAAAUUCUGUAACGAAGAGAACACCAGCUGAAAUGAUGAUGGCAAAGAAACCAAGAACCAAAAUUACUCUGCUAAAACCCAGUAAUCUGGAAAAUAAAUCUGAAGAGGACUACAGAGAAAGGACAGUAGAAUAUGAAAAUAAUCGGCGGAUAAAUCGAAAUUUAUUUCUGGAAGGAGAGUACAUAUGGGCAUACGAGGUCAAAGAAAAAAAAUGGAUCCCUGGGAAAAUUAUGAAAGCCGUGGGAGAAUACACCUACUUGGUGUUGGCGUCAGGACGAGUAAGGUACAUGCAUGGCGAUCAUUUGAAAAAGCGCAGCAGAGCAGGAAUGGAAAAUGAAAUCGUUCAAGAAAGCAAGACACCAGAAUCUACGAGUUAUCUUCCACCUGCUCUUCCACUACCCGAAGUCAGAGAUCAGGUCCACAUGCCAGAAAUGGUGGGACCGCGGGUUGAGGAUGAAGUACGGCUUCGUGAUGGCCCUUCAACGGGUCCACCACCAGAGGGAAGCACGGAAGCCCAGCCUGGCCCUAGUCAUCCUGUUAUAAAAGAUAUUCCAUCCCCUUCCCUCCGUAGAUCCAAACGAACGGUUAUACCACCUAACCGCUUAAAUUUGUAA